AUGAUUCCCUGCACAAAACCUGGCUGCCAUCGAUGGUUCAGAAACAAGUCAGGCCUAACCCAGCACGUCAACAUAUACCACCCAGUAUUUCCGCCUAUCAACAUCCCUGCACAGGUAGAACAGCCAGAUCAGGUACCAUUGCCUGAAGAGGAACAAUUCCAUGACCCAUCCACAAGCCCUUCAAAUCCAACCCUUCUGGCAGAGUUUGUUGGACAAGGCAACAAGUAUUAUUGGAACUAUCACCCAAACCUCACCAGGCAGCCUUGUGAUUCGUCUGGAAACCCCCUCCCAGUUGGACAGUCGUCCCCGCAAACUCCUUCUGAAAAGCAACCUAACGAUUGGUCGCCAUACUCCAGUUGUCUGGAGUUCGAGCUAGCUGACUUCCUGUUCACCCGCAGCCAGAUGUCUGCAGCCAAUAUUAAUGAGUUACUAGAUCUCUGGAAUGCGACACUUCUCGGCACUGGCAGCCAGCCCGUCUUCAAAGAUAAUGCCGAAAUGUACAAGACAAUUGAUCACACUAUACUUGGUGAUGUACAGUGGGAGAAUUUUUGCAUAUCCUAUACUGGCGAACAACCAACUGAUAAUGAAUAUGAGAGCGCAAUGGACAAGAGACAGUGGGAGGAUUUCAUGUCUGGUGAUUGGGUGUGGACUCAAGUGGACAUAAUUUCUCAUGAUUCAACCACACAUGGGUCAACCUUCAUUCCAAUCAUCCUUGGCAGUGACAAGACGACCGUGUCAGUUGCAACCAGUCAAAACGAUUAUUAUCCCCUCUACCUCUCAAUAGGUAACAUGAGCAACAAAGUUCAUUGUGCACAUCGCAAUAGUGUCGCUCUCAUUGCUUUCCUUGCAAUCCCACAUACCGACAAAGAGCAUGUGUCCACUGACAUCCCUUAUAUCACCGAUUAUGAGGAACAAGUCCUUCUGGCAUGUAUUGUGCAAGGGUGGUGUGCGAAAUGUCUUGCAAUGAGGCAGGAACUCGAUACUGAUGCACUUUAUCAGAGUCGCGAACAUGCAGAAGUGCUGAUUGAGGAGUUUGAUCUCAAGACCUUAUGGGAUGCGUAUGGCAUUGUGGGUGAUACAAUUCCGUUCACCAGCAGUUUUCCCCAUGCCAAUAUAUACCAACUCAUUGCCCCUGAUAUACUACACCAGAUCAUCAAAGGGACAUUCAAGGAUCAUUUGGUCGAGUGGGUUGAAAGCUAUUUGAAGACCAUGCAUGGCACAACAAAGGCGAAUGCAAUCUUAGAUGAUAUUGACCAGAGAAUCGUGGCCAUCACACCUUUCACAGGGCUCCGUCGCUUUCCCGAGGGCCGUCAUUUCAAACAGUGGACUGGUAACGACUCAAAGGCACUAAUGAAGGUGUAUCUACCUGCCAUUGAGGGGCAUGUACCAAUGGAGAUUGUGCAAACAUUUCACACUUUGUUGGAGUUCACAUACCUGGUCCAUUGCAAUGUCCUCACUGAAGAAACCUUGGUUGCAGUUCAAGAUACCAUCAACCGCUUUCACAAGUACCAGGAAAUAUUUCGCCAAUCAGGUACCAUUCAAACUUUUUCCUUACUGCACCAGCAUGCGAUGAAACACUACCCUGAUCUUAUACAUUUAUUUGGGGUGCCGAACAGACUUUGCACAUCAAUCACCAAAUCAAAGCAUAUCAAUGCUGUGAAGGACCCAUACUGGCGGACCAAUCGUAACAAGCCACUGGGCCAAAUGCUCAUUAUCAAUCAGCGCUUAGAUAAGUUGGUGGCCUCUCGAAGGGAUUUCAACGAACGAGGGAUGCUAGAGGGAAACUGCCUCAUGGCAACUAUGCAGCUCCUUUUGACUCAAGAAAUGAAGUGGGCCAGAACCAUGACAGAUCUUGCAAUCAAGCUCGGUCUAUCACGUCUCCCUACCAUUCUGGAGGAGUUCCUGCUUCAACAAGCCGAUGCUGAAGACUACCAUGAUCUCUGUGACAUCCCACUAUCUGAGCACCCCAUCUAUGGCAACAAAAUCACUGUCGUUAAUUCUGCAGCUGCACUAUUCUAUGCACCAAGUGAUAUCAGUGGUAUUGGUGGCAUGUGGCAUGAGUAUAUCUGCUCAUGUCAUUCAUGGCAGAACAGGCCACCCCGGUAUGACUGUACAUUUGUGAAUACUAAUCCAGGGCUGAAGGGGAUGCAUGGUUUGGAUGUCAUGUGUAUCCUUGGCAAGUGUUACCCAUGUGCAGUAGUGCAGUGGUUUGACUGUGUUUGGGAUGACCCAGAUGUGGAUACAGGGAUGUGGAUUGUACACCUGGCCCUUACUGCAAAUCGUCACCUGGCCACCGCUGUCAUACACGUAGACACCAUAUAUCGUGUGGCACACCUCGUCCCCUUGUACGGCACCCACCCCAUUCCCAGAACCAUAAAGCCACAUCAUUCUUACAAUGCAUUUACCACCUUCUACGUGAACAGAUUUAUCGAUCAUCAUGCAUUUUCACUUUUAUCAGAUUCGUACUUGUAG